AUGAGAACUCCCCCGUCAAUGGCGAUCAGCUCGUUUAUGGCACUUUGCGCUUGGGUCCACGCUUUUGGAGUUGGGACCUCAACGACCGUGAUAUUCGAGUGCUCGUUCAGGCUGGACGCAACUUCAGUAAGGAUCCGAUCCACGGGUGGCAGAAGGGUGCAGUUGCCAUCAUUUCGCAGUACACCGAUGACAACUUGUCCGUCUGGCCCGGAUCCCUGGAGAGGUCGGGAAACGUCCGCGUCCGCCCAAUCCCCAAACACACAGUCUUCUCCCCAGAGGCUAGCCCGUGGCACCAAUUCUUUCAUGGCGAAGUUGAUGUCCUCGAUGCUCUGCGCCAGUGGACCUGCCACGGGCUGCACGCCUAUCCUGGUCAUGCCCUCAGCCACCAGAACUGCUUGCCCACCAUACGGCAACCUUAG